UCUUUCUUCUCCAUCGCACUUUCAAACCCUAGACUCGACUGAGGCAGAUUCAGUCGCCGGCUAUCAUUCAAUCAUGGCGAUCAAACAUCUAUUCGCCUUAGCCCGUCGGUCGCGCAAGUCCAAUGCCUCUGCUCUUUCUUCAUUCCGCUCGUCAUCAUCAGUCGCCGCCUCUGUCGACGCUCCACCUCCCUCCCCUCCGCCGUCAACGGCCAUGAUCUACGACAGUUUGGCAGAAUCAGUCAAGGCCAAGAUCAAGAAGCUUGAAAAACCAGAUUCGCGUUUCCUCAAAUACGGGUCUCCCCACCCGACUCUUGCGUCUCACACUCAUAUUCUUGCCUCGCCUGAGACCCGUGUGACUACACUUCCCAACGGCCUCCGUGUUGCUACUGAAUCAUCCCUCGCCGCCCGCACUGCUACAGUUGGUGUCUGGAUCGACGCGGGAUCUCGAUUUGAGACCGAUGAGACUAAUGGGACUGCGCAUUUCUUGGAACAUAUGAUUUUCAAGGGGACUGAUAAGCGGACCGCUAAGGAGCUGGAGGAGGAGAUCGAGAACAUGGGGGGCCAUUUGAAUGCCUACACAUCCAGGGAGCAGACCACCUAUUACGCCAAGGUCUUGGACAAGGAUGUCUUUAAAGCUUUGGAUAUUUUGGCUGACAUUUUGCAGAACUCAAACUUCGACGAGAGAAGAAUUAGCAGAGAGCGUGAUGUGAUUUUGCGCGAAAUGGAAGAGGUUGAAGGUCAAACUGAGGAGGUUAUUUUUGACCAUUUGCAUGCAACUGCUUUCCAACACACUCCUCUUGGGAGAACUAUUCUUGGACCUGCUCAGAAUAUCAAGACAAUCAGCAAAGCACAUCUUCAGAACUACAUCCAGACUCACUAUACAGCUCCAAGAAUGGUAAUUGCUGCUUCUGGAGCUGUUAAGCACGAGGAAAUUGUCGAACAAGUGAAGAAGUUGUUUGCUAAGUUAUCAGCUGAUCCAACCACAGCUUCUCAGUUAGUUGCAAAUGAACCAGCUGCUUUUACUGGUUCUGAGAUUAGGAUGAUUGAUGAUGAUAUUCCUCUGGCACAAUUUGCUGUUGCUUUUGAAGGAGCAUCUUGGACAGAUCCAGAUUCCAUUGCUUUGAUGGUCAUGCAGGCAAUGCUGGGUUCAUGGAACAAGAAUGUCAUAGGUGGAAAGCACAUGGGCUCUGAGCUGGGACAAAGAGUUGCCAUUAAUGAAAUAGCAGAAAGCAUGAUGGCAUUCAACACCAACUACAAGGACACUGGUCUCUUUGGUGUCUAUGCUGUUGCCAAGCCUGAUUGUCUAGAUGAUUUGACCUAUGCUAUUAUGUAUGAGACAACCAAGUUAGCCUAUCGAGUUUCAGAAGAUGAUGUCACUCGUGCUCGUAAUCAGUUGAAAUCUUCCUUGAUGCUUCACAUAGAUGGAACUAGUCCUGUAGCUGAAGAUAUUGGACGCCAGCUACUUACAUAUGGUCGGCGAAUCCCGUUUUCUGAAUUAUUUGCAAGGAUUGAUGCUGUUGAUGCAAGCACUGUUAAACGUGUUGCUAACCGAUUUAUCUAUGACAGGGAUAUUGCAAUAGCCGGCAUGGGGCCUAUCCAAGGUUUGCCGGACUACAACUGGUUCAGACGCAGAACCUACUGGAACCGAUACUAGAUUACCCUACUUAUUAUGUUUUAAUUUUGGAUCAUCAUUUUCCUUGGCAACCACAAACAGUUUGUUGCUUUUUUACGCAAUCCAGGCUCCCUGGUUGGAGACACCUCAGGAUGGUAUUUUUAUUCAUUGUUUAGAGGUCCCUGUUCUUGUAACUUAACAAUAAGCAUCCUGUCUUCCUGUUAAUUCGGCUGACAUUCCCUGAGUAAUUCCUUGCAAAACAAAGCAAAUUGUGUCUUUUAGCUGUAUAUUUCAACUUAAUUUGCAUUUCAUUUUGAGCCU